UGCCUGCGGCUCCGGAUGGAGGAGAGAGGGAGAGAGGGAAACAUCAAUCGGUUGCGUCCCGUAAGCAGCUGGACCAGGCAUUGAACGGCAACGUAGAUUACAGCAAAAUGGAUAUACCAAAUCCCCCAACUUCCAAAUGUAUCACUUACUGGAAAAGAAAAGUUAAGUCUGAGUAUAUGAGACUUCGACAACUUAAACGGCUUCAGGCAAAUAUGGGUGCAAAGGCUCUGUAUGUAGCAAAUUUUGCAAAGGUUCAAGAAAAAACCCAGAUUCUCAAUGAAGAAUGGAAGAAGCUUCGUGUUCAACCUGUCCAGUUGAUGAAGCCCGUGAGUGGGCAUCCUUUUCUAAAAAAGUGUACCAUAGAGAGCAUUUUCCCGGGAUUUGCAAGCCAACACAUGUUAAUGAGGUCUCUGAACACAGUUGCAUUGGUUCCCAUCAUGUAUUCCUGGUCCCCUCUCCAGCAGAACUUUAUGGUGGAAGAUGAGACAGUUUUGUGCAAUAUUCCCUACAUGGGAGAUGAGGUGAAAGAAGAAGAUGAGACUUUCAUUGAAGAGCUGAUCAAUAACUACGACGGGAAAGUCCAUGGUGAAGAAGAGAUGAUCCCUGGAUCCGUCCUCAUUAGCGAUGCUGUUUUCCUGGAGUUGGUAGAUGCCCUGAAUCAAUACUCAGAUGAGGAGGAGGAAGGGCACAAUGACACCUCAGAUGGAAAGCAAGAUGACAGCAAAGAAGAUCUGCCAGUGACAAGAAAGAGAAAACGACAUGCUAUUGAAGGCAACAAAAAGAGUUCCAAGAAACAGUUCCCAAAUGACAUGAUCUUCAGUGCAAUUGCCUCAAUGUUCCCUGAGAAUGGUGUCCCAGAUGACAUGAAGGAGAGGUAUCGAGAGCUAACAGAGAUGUCAGACCCCAAUGCACUCCCCCCUCAGUGCACACCCAACAUCGACGGCCCCAAUGCCAAGUCUGUGCAGCGGGAGCAGUCUCUGCACUCCUUCCACACACUUUUUUGCCGGCGCUGCUUCAAAUAUGACUGCUUCCUUCACCCUUUUCAUGCUACCCCUAAUGUAUAUAAACGCAAGAACAAAGAAAUCAAGAUCGAACCAGAACCAUGUGGCACAGACUGCUUCCUUUUGCUGGAAGGAGCAAAGGAGUACGCCAUGCUCCACAACCCCCGCUCCAAGUGCUCUGGUCGUCGCCGGCGAAGACACCACAUGGUCAGUGCUUCCUGCUCCAACACCUCGGCCUCUGCUGUGGCUGAGACUAAAGAAGGGGACAGUGACAGGGACACAGGCAAUGACUGGGCCUCCAGUUCCUCAGAGGCCAACUCUCGCUGUCAGACGCCCACAAAACAGAAGGCUAGUCCGGCCCCACCUCAGCUCUGUGUAGUGGAAGCACCCUCGGAGCCUGUGGAAUGGACCGGGGCUGAAGAAUCUCUUUUUCGAGUCUUUCAUGGCACCUACUUCAACAACUUCUGUUCAAUAGCAAGGCUCCUGGGCACUAAGACGUGCAAGCAGGUCUUUCAGUUUGCAGUCAAAGAAUCACUUAUCCUGAAGCUGCCAACAGAUGAGCUCAUGAACCCCUCGCAGAAGAAGAAAAGAAAGCACAGGUUGUGGGCGGCACAUUGCAGAAAAAUUCAGUUAAAGAAAGAUAACUCUUCCACACAAGUGUACAACUACCAACCCUGCGACCAUCCAGACCGCCCCUGUGACAGCACCUGUCCCUGCAUCAUGACUCAGAAUUUCUGUGAGAAGUUCUGCCAGUGCAACCCAGACUGUCAAAAUCGUUUCCCUGGCUGCCGCUGUAAGACCCAGUGCAACACCAAGCAGUGUCCUUGCUAUCUGGCAGUGCGAGAGUGUGACCCCGACCUGUGUCUCACCUGUGGGGCCUCAGAGCACUGGGACUGCAAAGUGGUGUCCUGUAAAAACUGCAGCAUCCAACGGGGCCUCAAGAAGCACCUGCUGCUGGCCCCCUCGGAUGUGGCCGGAUGGGGCACCUUCAUUAAAGAGUCUGUGCAGAAAAAUGAGUUCAUUUCUGAAUACUGUGGGGAGCUCAUCUCACAGGAUGAGGCUGAUCGACGAGGGAAGGUCUAUGACAAAUACAUGUCCAGCUUCCUCUUCAACCUCAACAAUGAUUUUGUAGUGGAUGCAACCCGGAAAGGAAACAAAAUUCGAUUUGCAAACCAUUCAGUGAACCCCAAUUGUUAUGCCAAAGUGGUCAUGGUGAACGGGGACCAUCGGAUUGGGAUCUUUGCCAAGAGAGCAAUUCAGGCUGGUGAAGAGCUCUUCUUUGAUUACAGGUACAGCCAAGCUGACGCCCUCAAGUACGUGGGGAUCGAGAGGGAGACUGAUGUCCUUUAGCCCUCCGGGGCCCCGCGCCAGUGCCUGCAGUAGCAGCGCUGUCUUCGCUUUCAUGCACACACCACCGCUGCUCGAGUUUCCUGCGCUCUGUCUCCCACACCAAGAAAACCCCCACCCACUCCCUCUGCAGUGAGGCCUCAGCUGUGUCCGGUGGGAACGGAACUGUCUCAGUGAGAGGGGAGACAGAGGCAGCGAGGGCGUGGGCUUCCAGGAAAGUGUCGCAGGCAUUGGAGACUGCACCUCGGGCUUCAGAGGAAGAGAGCACAGACUGGGGUUGGGUGACGUAUGCUUGGCUGAUUGCUUGUCACCCAGGCCGCGGGCCUCAGGAGUCGGCGUGGACAGUUCCUAACAAGCAUCAGCCUGUCAUUCUAACUUUCCAAAUCAAGGGUCCUAUGUCGUUGGGUUGCCAGCCUGUCUCUCUGUGGCCCUAAGACCUGGAGAGGACAGGACAAGUGAAGCUUAGUUCCUGGAACGUAUGAGUGGUCUGGGCUAAAGGAGGGCCCGACAGGCAGCGCCCACCUAAGUCAGAGGGGAGAGGGGUGCCCUCGCUACCUCCUCCUUCCUGGCAGGAUUGAGACUGAAAGAGUGGGUCCUGAGUAUGGGUAUUUAAUGCUGGGGAAAGGAAAGCUAAGUGCCAUCCUUCCAUGGCCAGAGUGAGAACAGCAUGAUGACCGCAGUUACACCUCUGAGCUCGGGGCCCAGCAGGCGCUGAGAAACCUCUGUGUGUUCUGGGGGCGGGUGUGUCUCAGAGGCCCGGGAGCCACGCCAGUGCCCGGUCAGCUCUGUGCAAGGUUCCAGCUCAGCAGCUGCAGGCGGGCGCCGUGCUGCUGCUGGAGAAGCACGAAGUGGGUGCCAGACUGGGUGUGAGCGCUCUGGCUCCCUGGAUCUGUCGUCGUCUUCAGGCCUUUUACUCCCCUCGGAGGCCAGGCCCCCAGAGCCACUGUCUCUUAUCUCUCCUGUGUAGACGGGUGCAGGCCUGGAGUAGGGGGAAGACUGUUGGUGUGAUUGACUUUCCUGUCUGUAGCACCUGCUGUUGGAAAGGGUGAGUCGGCAGUAUGUGUUUGGAGGUGGGUGACGGGCUCCCCAGUUGCACGUGUUUAGUUAGGAUGGCAUCCUCUGUGUGCCCCGCAGACAGGCAGAGGGUAUUUGAAGUGUUGAGAAGACUACCUGUGCCAGUCCGUGGUGCUGGUCUCUCUGGGAUUCAUGCAGAGCAAAGCACUUUAUCUCUUAGAAGGCCUGUAGAGUAGGGUAGAGUUUGAGCUAAGGCCCCCAGGGUCCUUGCCCAAACCCCAUUCCUGAGGGAGGGGGAAGGAGAGAGGUGGAAGGUUUUCCUCCAGCUCGGUCUCACUGCCUGGUGGCAGAGGGAGGAGCUGCCUGGACACAGGAAUCCGGUGAGCACAGGGCAGCUCCCAGAGCUGGCCCCGUGUCUGUGGGUGGUGCGCGGAGCUGGCAGGGAAUAGGGAGCACUGUGCCUGGUAAAAAGGACACGGGCAGGCACAAGUCGGCCUGAGGAGUGUUGGAGGAGGGAGCAGACUCCCCGCUUCUCUCUGGGGGAUCAGAGCUUCGCUUUCCCAGUCCGUGCUGAUCGCCCCCUUCCUCCAGCCCCACUGGCUCUCCCAUGAAGCAGUCAGUGAGUGGGCUUUCCUCUGGCCAAGCAGCUGUCCAGGGAAUUUUGUGGGACAUGCACACACACUCCCACUCACCACGCUUGUGGGCACAUGCACUUAACACACCCAACAGCACCCGACAGAAGCACCUCUCCCGCCCGAUUGGGGCAGCCCCCACUGUGAUUCUGAAAUGUACAUCCACUGUGGUUUGUACUGAUUACGUGUAGUGGGGGCACCUUCUAGCUGAGCUGUGGGCUCUGAGUUACUCAUAAAUUUUGGGGGGAAACCAAAGACAGAUGAAGAAGGAGAAGUUAAGUCUGUCUGAAACGCCAGGGGCUGGCCAUGAGGAAUAGGUGGAAAAAGAGUACAUGCAGCCUUUGAGAGGCUGGACUGACCCCCCCUCCCUCAGGGUGCAGAAUCGCUGGUCAGCCACUCCUUCCCCAGCUUCAGACCACUGAUACUCCUGUUUCUCCCGUAUUCCCAUCCUUUUUCCAUGCUGUCCCCAACCUUUAAUGACGGGUGUCAGCCCCUCCCCUGAGACAUGUAAUGAUGAAU